CUUCGAGUGAUUUUGAGGGCGGGUUGUUUUCACUGCCCUGUGCUUACCUCGCUAAGAAGUAUGAUUGGUUUGCUACGGAAGCAUUUCGUCUUCGUCACCAACGACACGCUAGGAUCAAUUCCGGUGAUCGUGCAGGAACAGGGUCUGCCAGCGCCUGAAGUGGACUUCUGGGAUUAUGAAGAAUAAAGCCUCCGGUACAGCACAACUUGUUAGUUGAGCAAUGUGCUCAAGGGCUCGACCCAAGCUGCAUCAAGUACUCUAUGAUCAUGACUGAUCAGACUUGGUCUACCACGUCGUACAUAGCCACGGCCAUUGUUGCGUUGGUUGUCCUAGCUGUCUACAGGAUCUCACAGAUUGGCAAGAGGGAUCCCCGCUUACCCCCUGGACCUCCCACCGUCCCUGUCCUGGGAAAUGCACACCUAAUCCCAACAACUGGUCUUGCCAAAAAAUUCCAAGAAUGGGCAAGGGAAUAUGGACCAAUCUUCUCCCUGAAGGUCGGCCCAGGCACCAUCAUCAUUAUCUCCGACCGCAGAGCCGUUAAUACACUCUUCGACAAACGUGGUGCCGUGUAUGCUGACCGCCCACGCGCCGACGUUGCGAUGUGGGUGACAAACGAGAACCAUUUUUCUUUCGAACAGAACAGUAAGGGCUGGAAAGAGAAGCGCGCAAUAGCAACCCGCUUCUUCAGUCCUAAGCUGCUUGACGAGCAUCAUUUCAAAGUCCAAGAAGCAGAGGCCACCUGUCUCAUGUACAACGUGUACAGGCAUUCCGACAAGCUCCCGGAAUACGCCAAGCUAUACACUGUUUCUGUGUUGUGCAGCCUCCUCUAUGGGCAACGCGCUCCUGACUUGGACUCUUUCUGGUAUAAGGAGUUCUACGAGCACAUGGAAGGGUGGACUGCCGUGCUGGAACCUGGCGCAAACCCGCCAGUGGAACAAUUCCCCUGGCUAUGGUACCUGCCAGGCCAAUGGAAGAAACGAGCCGCGGACGUCAAAAAGACACGCCACGACCUCUGGACCCAUGCUAGAAAGAUUGUCGACAAGCGUCGUGCUACGGGUGACAAGCGAGACUGCCUCCUAGACGCCAAACUUGAUGAGUAUGCACAAAAAGGCUGGCCUUUCGACGAGUGGGUUGUGAACUACCUCUUUGGGGAGAUGGUGGAGGGUGGCGCUGACACAACGGCGAACCAUCUCCUCACCCUUAUCCUUGCUCUCGCUGCACACCCUCAUGUGCAGGAACGAGCCUAUAGAGAGCUCGAGGCGGUUUGCGGAGCGGACAGAGCUCCCGUUUGGUCGGACUUCGACAAAUGCCCCUACAUUAACUGCAUCGUCAAAGAGGGUAUGCGGUGGCGACCGACUGCUCGAUCUGGUUUGCCUCAUCUCGCAGUUCAAGACGAUGUGUACGACAACUACCUCAUCCCUAAGGGUAGCACUGUCUUCAUGUCAGUGUGGACCAUGCAUCAAAACGAUACGAUCUUCCAAGACGCGGAGAAGUUCAACCCUGACCGUUAUCUCAACCACCCGAGACUUGCAAACGAAUAUGCAACUUCCUCCGAUUAUGAGAACAGAGACCAUUACGGCUACGGAUCAGGUCGACGCAUGUGUCCCGGUAUACACUUGGCGGAGCGGAACAUGUGGCGCAUAGCGGCCAAGUUGAUAUGGGCUUUCAAGAUGUACGAGGAUCCAAGCGCGCCUCUCGAUGUAGAUGGCUACACCUCCUCGAUCCUGGUCAGCCCACUUCCCUUCAAGGUUAAAGUCGAGCCUCGCAGUCAGAAGCACAUGGAGACUGUGCAGAGAGAGCUGGUUCAAGCAUUGGAAUUCUUGAAGCAGUACGAAUGA